AUGAUUGGCAUAACUAUCUAUGCAGCACUUCAAUCACGUACUAUCAAUGUUACGGUUCAUAAUCCUUCUGAAAACAAAUUCAAAGAGAUCUAUGAUAAAUAUUCUGAUACUUUAACAUGUCCUUGUUCUCGUGUGAGUGCGCAAUAUAGUGAUUUCUCUUAUGUUCAAUUUACUGUUCAUGAAGUUUGCAAUAGUGAGUUCGUCUCACAGGAAUGGAUUGAUGAAAUCUAUGGCACUAAUGUUUCAUUUAUUCCACCAAAUGAUGUGCGAACUAUAUUAAGUCACUUUUGGCUAUUGGUACGCUCAUUCUGUAAUUUAACAAAUGCCUCUCUUAUUGAUGCAUCCAAUGAAUUCAAUUCAAACAAUUUAGUGAGUCUUGUCGCACAACCCCAACAAGUAAUAGAAGCAAAAAUCAAUACGACUCUCAAUUUUGCACUUAAUUCAUCAAUGAUAAAUCUUAAAAACAAUCUACUCAUUAUACAUGACACACUUUUGGUCAAUGGAGCGAUAUCACGUUUAGGUACCAAUUAUUUUUUUUAUAUUAAUUCUGUAACAUUAUCAGUUGUUCCACCAUUUUCCAUUGGAAUAAAUGCUACAUAUUUUCCAGAUGGUUGUUCUUGUGAGAAUCUUAAUGGAUGUCCACAUUCGGCUGUUAUCUUUCAAUCUAAUGAAACGUCCAAUUUCGAAAAUAUACCAGGCAUGAUGUUCGAUUGUUUACCAUUAGAUGCUGCACUUGCUUCAUCAUUUGAAUGCUUUUAUGAUGCAUGGUGUUUAUCAUUGAUUCAAAAUGUGUCGAAGAGUAAUAUGAAAGUACAACCACUUCAUAGUCAAAGUCGUUUCAAGCAUAGUACCACUUUAAAGACACUUUUAGACGAACUUAUGAUUGAACAAUUCACGAUGGAAAUUGUAUUUGCAUCUUACUAUUCCAUCUGUAAUCCUCAAUAUUGCACUUAUUCAUACACUCAUAAAUUCGACGUACUUUUUAUCAUCACAUUUACGACAAGCGCAUUUGGUGGUAUUUUAACUGUACUAAAAUUCAUCGCUCCACUACUGAUCCAACUAGCAUUUUGGAUACAUGCAUUGAAAAAUAGAAAUAAUUCUCUGGGUGUUAAUAAUACAAAUCAAUCCAUGAAUCUAGGUAAACUCUUCUGA